AUGUAUUCAAGGAGAAUUCUUGGGGUUUUCUAUAUAUCAUAUUGUAUUCUUCAGUUAACAACUGCAGCUGAGACUUCAGCUCAAAUGCAGCCCCCGCGUUUUAGUAUGCAACCUUCAUCCUUAAACAGCAUCGUUCGAGAGGGCACCACGAAAAUUUUACAGUGCUCGGCAGUGGGUAUUCCACAGCCAAUCUACAGGUGGUUAAAAAAUGGCGUUCCACUGGGUGAAUUUUCGUCAGAACUCUUCUACAAAAUUCACAAUACACAGCGUCAAGACGCGGGCGCCUACCAAUGCAUAGCGAAAAAUGACGUUGGAGCUAUUUUCAGUGAAAAGAACAAUAUUGUCGUGGCGUAUAUGGGGGUGUUCGAAAACAACAUUGAACAAGAAGUUACAGUCGAGUCGGGCAAGGCUGCCAUCUUGAAUUUUCCGCACAUAGAGUCGGAGCCACCUCCUUCAGUCAUAUGGCAGGACGAAAAUGGCGAAAAUGGUGUAUUAAGAUAUGAUCAAAAAUAUGCCAUCACUGAUAAACAUCAACUCGUGAUUUUAUGUGCAUCUAAGGAAGAUGUAAGGUCUUACAGAGCUCGUGCUAUAAACACUCAAUUAGGAAAAGUAGAAAAUAGCCCAUAUAUAAAACUGAAUGUUUAUGGAGACGAUAAUAAAGAAAUAGCACCAGAAAUAAUUAUAAAACCUCAAGAUACAAAAAUUAUUAAAGGUCAGGAGUAUAGAAAUAUUUUUUGCAUUGCUAACGCGAGGCCACUGCAUGAAUUGGAGACAUUAUGGUUUAAAGAUGGUAUACUAAUUGAUUUAGCUGGAAUCACGUACGAUUUGAACGACCAAUGGAAUAGGACACUUAGUCUUAUAUCUGCCAACUUGACGCAUACGGGACAGUAUACUUGUCAGGCUAGAUUAAAAACUGGAGGAUUCGCGACUGUAACGGCGUCAGCUACAGUUACUGUAUAUGAAAAACCAACUAUGUUAUCUAAUCUUAAAUCUGAAACCUAUGGUGAAUUUGGAAGCACUAUUGUAUUGGAAUGCAACGUGGAAGGUAUACCAUUACCUAGUAUCACAUGGUAUAAGGACGCCAAGAAGAUUGCGAGCGUCGGUGCUGGAGCAGGAGAGGCCGACAAUAGCGAUGUGGAUGACGGAGCAGGCAGGUAUAGAGUGGAAGUCGAUCGAUCGCUUAUCAUAAGCGAUUUGAAAAUGGAAGAUAUGGGAAUAUAUCAAUGCAUUGCAAGUAACGAAGCUGGCGAGUCCUCUAUAUACACUUGGUUGAAAAUUAAAACGUCCCCGCCAGUAAUGCAGAGCGCCCCAUCGAACCUCACUGUGCUGGACGGAAAGGACGCCACCAUCACCUGCCGAGCUAUCGGCGCUCCCACUCCAAACGUCACCUGGUACUUCAACGAUUCGCUAAUAAUAAAGCUGUCUGGCAGGCUGCAAGCCUUGGAUGAAGGAGAUCUGCUAAUUACUAGUACAACUACUGCCGACAGCGGGAAGUACACCUGUAUCCGCGCGAAUGAUGCAGGAAAUGUUUCUGGAGAAGCUUACCUUACUGUACUCGUGAGGACUCAGAUCAUUGCGCCGCCAGUUGACACCCGUGUGCUGCUGGGUCACACGGCGACUUUACAAUGCAAAGUCUCGAACGACCCCAACGUCAAGUACAAUAUCGACUGGUUCCAUAACAAACACGACUCUAACAGAUUCGAUCACAAAAGCGAUACUAAAAAAAUGGAUGAUAAAUUAAAACCAAUUAUUGAAGAAAAUCUGUAUCUAAAAAAUGAAGUGGAGAUAUUAAAUGAGAAGGUAAAACGUCUGGAACUUGGAAAAAAGGAGAACAAUUUGAUAUUCUACGGCUUCAAGGAGUCGACUGAAAAUAUUAACAUAGCAGAAAUGGUAUCAAAAACUUUAAAUGAUUCGGAUACUGAAAUUCGUAAAUCAGAUAUUAAUAAAGCAUUUAGAAUUGACAAGGUAAAAGGAGAAGCACGCCCGAUUUUAGUUAAUAUGCUAAAUGAAUGGAAGAGAAACGAAAUUUUGCGAAAUAAGAAAAAGCUACCAAAAAAUAUUUACGUAAAUGAAGAUUUCAGCAAAGAUAUUUUAGAAAAGAGGAGAGAACUCAUACCUCAGCUGAAGGAAGAACGAAGAAAGGGACGUAUAGCAUUUAUAAAAUAUAACAAACUGGUUGUGAAGGGCGAAACAGGAGGAAUCAAAAAAGCUUUAAAAGAACUAAAAGAGACAAAAACCUGGGUACCAAAUAUUAAAAAUAAAGCAGGAAAACAGGAAACGACAAGAAGAGCUAUAAUACAGACAGCAACUGAUUUUUUUAGAAAACUUUAUGCAGCAGAACAAAGUACCCAAGAUAUAACUAUAAAUCUCGAUGACGAUGACGACUUAGAAGACAUACCAGUUUUUCUACAAUCAGAAAUAGAAAAAGCUGUCAACAGUCUUAAGAACAAUAAGGCACCCGGAGCAGAUCAGAUUACAAAUGAAAUGAUCAAAACCUCAGUUAUGUCACCGGAAAAGCUAAGAAAACUCACAGAAAUAUAUAACUUCAUUUUAAGCACGGAAUGUAUACCAUCUCAAUGGACGAAGAGCACAAUCAUACUAUUACACGAAAAAGGAGAUAGAAACGUAAUUCAAAACUACAGGCCUAUAAGCUUCGUCGAAUAUUUACAAAGUUUUCUCUAA